AUGGAGGACAGCGAAACGGAGGAGGAAGGCGACAUCGAGGACUGCUCGAGUGACGGUGAUGAUGACGAUGAUGAAGACUCAUCGACGACUGAUCAGGAGAGCGACGCAACGUCAACGCGAGAGUUCAGUCCCUGCGAGGACGAGCGCCAGUGUAAGAUGGGCUGGGAGAAGCGACGAAAGCACGGCGCAGUCGUGGAGAGCGGCUACCAGAGCGACGACGGGGGCAACGCCGACGACGGCCGGCGGGAAGAGGAAGAGGACAGCGACGUGGACUACUCUUCGGCGUCAUCGAGCGACGACGCCAGCUGGGAGGACGACAGCGACAGAGAAGCCAGCGAGCAGGGAGAGCAGGUCGGAAGCGAAGAGGAAGAGGACUCAACGGAAAGCGACAGCGAAAGCGAAAGUGAAAACGAAAGCGAGGAUGACGAAGGCGGACAGAGCAGACCCGGGUGUACAAAGGAGAAGGAGAAGGGGAAGGAGAAGGAAGACAGCAAGGGCCGCUUCUACAACUUCUACAGGAACAGUCUCUUCCGCGAACAGCAGCGGCUCAGCAGCGGCCUGAUCUCUCCCCGCAAGGGACUCAUGUUAGUUUCUUCCGUUCACUCGCACUGGUCCGAUGGUUUCCUGUUCCUGACUCGACGACUCUGGUCCAAUCACAGGGACAGGCGGGCGUGGACGGCCGAAAUGGUUCUUCACCGCAACUCCAUGCUCGUGCAGGCGGCUCCAGAGUGGUGGAAGCUCCAGCAGGCCUCUGACUACGAGCUUUUCAAUGAGUUCCGGAGCUUCAAAACGAUAGUGCAAACGCCACGGGGCGGCUACAAAGCGGAGGACUCCCCGAGGCAUCAACGACGACCACUUCUGCCCGUGCCGCCGGUCAACCUUGGUGGUGUCGGGAGGCGGGAACCGGCCGAGAGCGAGCCGGUCGGCGAACUCACCCCCCGAAGGGAGGGCGACUGGGUCAGCCCCGACAGCGGCAGGGAAACCACCACCGUCACGGCGGCGGCCGAUUCGGGGUUCAUCGACGACGCAGCGCAGCUCCGCCUGCCGCCCAAUGGUGGAAUCGUGGGCGCCGCCAUCUGCGCCGCGGCCGCGGUGGCGGGUGCCAGCCAGCGGUCCGAUGCGACCGACGCUCCCUACCCCGGCGCACCACUCCACGACUCGUUUGCAUUCAAGUCGCUCCUGCAGAAGGAGGGUCAGCGCAAGGAGCGAACAGAUCGGGACAUGGGCGAAGCUCCAUCGCUGCUGGCCGACGACUGGAAGCGAGGCCUCAAGGUGGUCCUCAAAGAGGGCAAGGAGGCCAUUAUCGGCGGUGAGGUCGAUCGACUCAUGUCGCACCUCGCCGACUGCGAGGUCCAAGACCGACAGUUCGUGGACGACUUCUUGUGUUCGUACCGCUCCUUCGCCCAGCCGCAAGAGCUGCUCGAUUUCCUGAUCGACCGCUACAACUUGCCACCGCCGUCGGUGGCCAAGGACAUGGAGCUGUCCAUCUCGCAAUCGGCGGCCGAGGUCUCUACGUCGAUGUCAUCGGGUUCUUCGUCGUCGCACCUCCUCUACGACAAGUACCUGCCGCUCCUGCAGCUGCGCGUGCUCAACGUCAUGCGCAAGUGGCUGGCCAACCACUUCUACGACUUCGAGGACGACCCGCGCUUGCUGGCCCGCAUGCUGAACUUCGUGGAGAACACCCUGCGCGUGCAUCAGCCCAACGAGCAGCACUACGAGGCCAUCAAGUCUCUCGUGCUUGAGCAGGCGCGCGAGGUGUUGGUAGACAAGAACUCACCGCUUUCGGAGAUCCUGGUGGUCAUGGAACGCGAGGACAUGGGCGUCGCCACUCAGAUCUUCCACAAGAAGGGCAAGAAAUACGUUCGUUCUUUCAACGGCAUGGAUUUCGUGGAUUGGUGUCGCGACAAGCUGGGGAUGGACUCGACGGCGGAGGCGAUCGCGCUGGGCAACAAAAUGAUUCAACAGAACAUCAUCCGCUCGCUCGAGAAGCGGGAUCGCCGAUCGGUCUUCAAGGUCGCCAGUGACCUCUUCUACCGCUUCUCUCGCGGGGGCCGGUUGGCGUCCAAUCCGCCCAUUCCGCGCAUUCCCAACCGUAUCCCGACGGCGGACAAGCUGGAGAUGAUGGACAUCGACGCCAUCGAACUCGCGCGGCAGUUCACGCUCUACUCCGAGUCCCUCUACCGGCAAAUAACUCCGACUCGACUUGUGGGCUACAUGCACGCGCACAGGAAGAUGGCCAUCACCUCUUCCUUCCUCGGCAUCUUCAACUUUCUCAAUCGCUGGGACGAGGUUGCCAAGUGGGCCACCCGCGAGGUGCUCAGCUACCGCGCGCUACCUCAGCGCGUGGCUGCCCUGCGCAAGCUCGUCAACUUGGCCAAGGCCUGCUUCGGGUACAACAACUUUUUCGACAUGUCGGCCAUCCUGUGCGGACUCAACCACAGUUCCAUCAACCGCUUGAAGAAGACAUGGAAGUUGGUGAACAAGAAGGAGAAGAAGGUGUUCGAUGAGCUCAGCAGCCUCAUUUCGCCCGACAAUUCGUACAAGCUGCUGCGGGAGAUGCAGCGGGAGGCGUGGACCGAGAACUUCAACAAGGCCGAGCGCUACACGGUGGCGCUCAGUCGGGAGAACGACGCGGCGGGCGGCGGCGGCGACAAGCGGAAGAGUGGGUCGGACGACGAGGUCUACGGCCUCAUUCCCUACAUCGCCAUCUACAUCAUCGACCUCGAACACCUCUCGCAGGUGCCCGAGGUCAUCGCCAACGGCAUGGUCAACUUCGCCAAGAAGAAGAUCGAGGCGUCUAUCUUUUCGGAGAUGAUCAAGUUCCGGGAGCACAAGUACAACUUUGUGCCGAUCGAGCCCUACCGCGAGUGGGUCGAGGACAUCCCCGUGCGCGGCUUCGGCAUCUUCUCCUCGGCCGAGUCGACGCCCGACCACCAAGAAGCCUCCGCGGCGGCGGGCAAGCAGAAGAAGAAGCACAACAAGACCGGAAGCGGCGACAACAGCAAAGCUUCGAAGAGCAAGAGCGAGAUUGUGGGCAGGCACAAAGAGAAGGUGGCGCCCGAUGACGACAACGAGGUCAAUGCAGAGCGCGACGACCCGUGCAAGGCGCCCGAGAGCAGUGCUGCCGGCUUCACGCGCAGCGAUGCCGCGCAGGUCGAGGAGUGGGAGGGCGAGGGCUCCCGACGGGAUAAGCGGGAGUGGGUGCAGCAGCGCGUGGUCCCCUACAACGACAAGCUCCUCUGGGAGGUCUCCCUCCUCAUUGAACCCCGCCCCUCGUAG